AUGGAUGCAGGCAAGAACCAGACACCGCGCCGCUAUGGAUUUGCGUGUCUGAUGUGCUGGCGCCGAAAUAUCAGGUGCGACGGCAAGAAGCCGAACUGUGCGAACUGUAUCAAAGCCAAGGAGAUAUGCAGUUACAAGGAGAGUCCCGGCUACAACGCGCACUUGGUCCAACAGUUGCACCAGUUCAAGAAGCGUGUCGAUGACCUGGAAUCCCAUUUACGGGAUCUGGCCCAUCUCGGCCAUGAAGACCGCGAUCGCCGGCUCGCGGAGAUCAUCCGGGACUUUAAUAAAUUGGAUAUGGACGGCACCUCGCCAGACCAGAUGACUGAGCUUUCGCAGUCGUACGACACCGACAAGGACACCGCCAGCGAAGACCUGCAGCCGACCGAUUUUAGCGUCGGAGAACAUGGCAUGGUAAGCCCUAUCCCGAUAUCCUCGGUGUCAUCCCGGAGGAAGUGGAUGUGA